ACCAGCCAGCAUCAGUCAGUCUGCUUUCGAAGCUGGUUCGUGACGGAUUAAUUCUGAGCCUGUACGUCGUCGUUUGAGCAUAAAACUUCAAUCAAAGCAAGCAAGCAGGGUUUUCUCGCGCGACGGUAGAAAAAUAAAAACAGGAAAGGUGCUUACCUGUGCGCUAGUGGGUGUUUUGUUUCUAAAAUUGUUUACCCGGGGUGCGAAAUUGUCACUGGUGACCACCGUCGGUUGAGUUCGGAGCCCUCGGACAGCGAGUGGUGUGCGUGUGUGUUUUUUUUGGUGAAUUUUUGAAAACAAAACCAAUCCUUCGAAGAUGAUGAACGACCCGGCCGCCCUGGGGAUGAUUCCCUUCGACACGAUUGGAUUAUACGAGCAGCCGAAGCCGAGGUUCAUCUUCAAAAUGCCCCGCGUCGUCCCGGAUCAGAAGAAUAAGUUUGAGAGCGACGAUUUGUUUAAGAAGCUGAGCCGCGAUAGUGAAGUUCGAUACACCGGUUUCCGGGAUCGCCCGAUCGAGGAACGGCGUGGCCGCUUCCGUGCCGGGUGCUGCGAGGGUCACACCGAGAUCUCAUUCGCCGCCACCGGCAUCAACCUGCAGCUAGUGUUCAAUCCCAACCAUGGACUGUACCACCACCCGCACCACCAUCAUCAUCACCAUCCGGCGCACCUGGGACUGGAGAAGGAGUGCGACUUCGACAAGGAACACGGCAAGGUCCACAUUAAGUCCCACUUCAUUAUGAACGGAGUGUGCGUUCGGUUCCGCGGUUGGCUGGACAUGGAACGGCUUGACGGUAUCGGUUGCCUGGAGCUGGACGAGAAACGAGCUGCCCAGGAGGAUGCUAUCCUGCGGGAGCAACUUGACCGCUACAACCAACGUCUGCGGGACUUUGAGGACAAGCAGAGAAGCUACCAACGAACAACGCAAGAUGAGUUCGAACAGAUGCGCCGGAAUAGUUCCGGAAUCGGGGUCGGUGUUGGUACCGGUGCCGCCGGCAUGUGGAGGCGAUAAGCCAGAAGCUCUGCAAGGUGACAUUUUAACUCUUUCAAAUCUAUCUCGAUCAACGUAAAAUGAGAGCUGCUAAUCACAUUUCGAUCGCAUUUCUGUAAAUAUGAGUUAAAGAGAGUUGGAGGUUUUCGACGUUGUUAACUACUUAAUUUCGCAAUCAUUUACCUUUAGUUUUAUUCUAUUUUAUUUUGUAAUUUUAACGCAAAACUAGCAUACGACGAGGUUAGAUUUUUUAUCGAUUAACCGUAAGUGAGAUUUUUUACAUUAUUUUCUCAAUGAAAACAAAAACCCGAAAUUUCAAUGGAACUUCAACCAAAAAAAUCAAGGCAAAGAACACACGAUGGUAUUUUUUCUGUCGACAGGCGUUAGGUUUUAAGUAGAGAACGUAUCAAUAAAUUUGAUAGCAUUUUGUUACGAUA